AUGGGAAACGUCGAGCACGAAGGCCGCCCAGCCGUAUCUGCAAGCAUGAGAGCUGUGAGCAGUAUGUGGUGGAUCAAGGGCUCUGCGUUCGACAUGGAGGUGGUAAGCGAUGUCAAACGUUGGGAUGCACCAGUCGAGCAAAACAUCAAGGACGUUGUUGGAAGCACGGUGGAUCGACAGAGUGCAAGGUUCCACGUUGCAUCAAUCGCGCCAAGUCGCGCGGGUUCUGCUGGUCGCACGGUGGUGGCACAAAGUGCAAGGCCGAAAACUGCGAGAAAAUCGCCAUUUCCAACGGUCUAUGCUGGGCCCACGGAGGAGGUAAGCGGUGCGUGGUGGAAGGAUGUAUGCGCCAGGCUUAUGAGCGCACAGACAAUUUGUGCAACAACCACUACCAGGAGCGGUAGAGAGGCAGGGUGGAAGGUGGAGGUGUGGUCCAUCUUGGACGAUGAGGAAAAGCUGUCGGCCUUAUUAAUGAUUCAGUAA